AUGAUGGAAAACAAACAAGAGGAGACUACUACUUCGAACGUCAUCAUGACAUCAUUGUCGCCACCUCCACGAUCGAACACUCCUCCGACCAGUUAUGAAACUUUUUCCACACCUCUUCCGAUGGAAAAUGUAGAACUCUCUCAACAAGAACAACAUUCCUCUGCACAGAGUUAUCAGCAACAUCAUCAUUAUCACUCGUCGUCUUCAUCGACCAGUUCGAGCCAUCGAUCACGACGACAUCAAAAGUUGUUGGAAAAUGACGAUGAUGAGGAAAAUCCUUCAUCUCUCGAACAACAACAACAACAUAAAGAAGAACAAUCAGUAAAUGAAAAGAAGACUCGGAAUGAAACUUCUCAUCGAGACCAUUUGGAAAAUCAUGACGAUCAUGAUGGAAAUUCAAAUCCAAUUCAAUCAACGCCAAAAAUUUGGAAAACUCGAAUCAAAAUCGUGUUGGGAUUAAUUAUUGGAGUGAGUGUUAAUGUUGCAGAGAGUGAAGAAAAUUCAACACUCGAAAUUACACCUGCCGUGAUUGCUUAUGUGAAAUUACCUGGAGAUUUAUUAUUGAGAGCUUUGAAUUGUUUAAUUGUACCAUUAAUUGUAUCGAGUAUGAUUAGUUCCAUUACGUCGAUUGUGGAUAGUGUACAUGCGAGAGAAGAGACAAGUGUGACAAAUUCAGCUCCCACAACAACAACAUCUCUCACACAAAAUGACAUGUCCAAUAAUAUUAAUAAUAGAAAACACAAAGCUCUAUUGAAAAUGGCCUUAAUGACAUUAUCCAUUUAUUUAGUAACCACUGUAAUUGCAGUCAUUACAGGUUUAGUGAUGGUCAAUGUCAUCAAGCCAGGACAGGUCAUGAUUAAUAAUCCAUCCACCAAUUCUUCGAUUACCACCAAAGAAGGAAAUUCCUUAAUGUCACAAUUCAAAAUAUCAAAUUCAAAAAUUCAGUCAACCUCUCCAUCCGAAAUACCUUCAACAAUGGUUUCUUUGAAUGGAGAAUUAUUUCCUCUGAGUGGAGUUUUACGAACCAUGAAAACACAACAAAUGAUGUCAAGUGACAUUAUUUCAACAGGAAAUUCUUCAUCAGGAACCAACUCAUCUUCUUCAUCCUACAAACAAAUAGUUUCCAUUAUUGAAAGCUUUAUUCCCAAUAAUCUCAUUGACGCAGCAUCUGCUGAAAAUGGAGGAAGUGUCAACGUUCUUGGCCUCAUUGUCUUUUCGAUAUUUAUGGCAAUUGUGAUGAUUCAAAUUGGAGAACCUGCGAAACCAGUCAUCAAAUUUUUCAAAGCAUUGAAUGAUAUUAUUUUGAAAAUGGUUGCUGUCAUUAUUUGUUAUGCACCGAUUGGAAUUAUGUUCUUAAUUAUUUGGAGAUGUGUGAAAGAAAAAUAUUUACUUCAAUCGUUGAGCCAAUUAUUGAUUUACAUGCUCACAGUAUUGAGUGGUUUAGUUAUUCACUCAUUCAUUACAUUGACAAUUAUUUACUUGGUUUUGGUGAGAAAGAAUAUUUUGAGACAUGUUUGGGGUGUGUUUUCUGCUCUAUUGACAGCUCUGGGAACUUCAAGUAGCUCUGCAACUCUUCCAUUGACCAUGAAAUGUUGUGAAGAGAAAAUUGGAGCUCAAAAAGAAGUCACUUCAUUUGUAUUACCACUGGGAAGCACUGUCAAUAUGGAUGGUACAGCUCUAUAUGAAGCGGUUGCUGCAGUUUUUAUUGCACAAUCGUUGCAAAUCAGUCUUGGAAUUGGUGAUAUGAUUGUUGUGGCAAUCACUGCAACACUGGCAAGUAUUGGCGCUGCAGGUAUUCCUGAAGCAGGACUUGUGACAUUGAUUCUAGUGAUUGAAUCUGUGGGGCUACCCAAAGAAGCUGUUUCUCUCAUUUUGGCUGUAGAUUGGUUUCUCGAUCGAUUCAGAACUUGUGUGAAUGUUUAUGGAGAUACCAUUUGUACCGCCAUUGUCGACAAGUAUGUUCGAUUUGACAGAAUUUCUAAAAAGACUGAUGAAGAUUCUCAGAUUGAAAAUGAUCGAAACAAAAUGAAUGAAAUUUCACUUGACAAUGUUUCUGAGAAUACUAAAUUGGUUUAA